AUGGAGAAGUGCGUGUUUAUUGGGUACCCUGAUAGCUACAAGGCGUGGAAGUUCUACAAUCCUGCGACUCGGAAGGUCAUCAUUUCGGAAAGGGCAGACUUUGAUGAGCGAUUCUUUCCUGGCACUCGCCACUUUGAUGCUAACACCCAGUCUGCCACUCCUCCUCCUUCGUCUCUGUUCAGUCUUUGGGAUGCAGAUGUGGAUCCGGUGCCGGUCCUGGGGGGGGGGAAGCAGAUGCUCCUCCUCCUGCUGGUCACCUCGAAGACGCUCCCACCGACCAGGAUCAUCCUGAAUGACUCUGCCACUCCUGAACCAGGUCCAUCUGCUACUCAACGCUCCACUCGCACUCGUCGUGCUCCUGGGGAAUGGUGGAAGGUUAGGACGCUGCCUGCAGACAAUGAUGCUCAUUCUGACAUUGCUGAGGACGUCCCUGAUGCUCCUGGAGAGGCAGAGAUGGAACCCAUUGUUGAGGACGCAUUUCUGGCUGAAGUCGAGCGUGCCCUGUUCACCUCUGGUGCUGAAAAGGCUGAGCCCUCGAUGUAUCGUCAGGCAAUGAAGCGCCCUGAUGCAGAUGAGUGGCAGAAGGCGGCAGAGGAAGAGAUGGAGGCUCAUGCUCGGAAUCGCACCUAG